UCCGUAAUUUGGCGUCUUGCAUCACAUGAGAGCGUCCAUACGAGUCCUGAAGCGGCGGAAGAGGCAUGAUUUUCCAAGCCCAGGCUGCUCUUUCACCGCCUUUAACCAGACAGACGCAAGGCUAGCGAACACACGGCCGCAUUUAGACGAUUUCCCCCCCGUUUUGACGCGCGUUUUGCAAAUCCCCUGCGUCGCAAACUUAUCUAUUAGCUUUAGCCGCGUAGCUUGCGUUUGGAAAUUGGACAAGUAUGAUCAGCCCGGCUGUGGAUUAAUCGGCCUGUUUCGACAGAAGAUUCGUUUUUCUCCGGUGAAACCGCAAUGUCGCAUACCGUAGCAGAGCUAGCCUGCUCUUUUCGUUAUUCCAAAAGCAGAGCCGUCUGAAGUCGAUGUAGGUUUGCAAAGCCGAACAAAAAUCCAGGGAAACUGGAGAUCGCGGCCAGGAAAUCUGUUCAGGAGAGCAGACUAUAGCCUUCAAACUCAUCGGUUUAGACCAAAUCGAGGCCGAACAAAGAGGACACCCAUCCAAAGCCUUCUCGUUUCAUCUUCAGAGAGAGAAUAAAGCACAAAAACAGGCUGAUAUGAUGUUUCCACAAGCCAGGCACUCGGCUUCGUCUCAAUCGACACAGCCGCUCAAAUUCACCACGUCUGACUCUUGUGAUCGCAUCAAAGAUGAGUUUCAGUUCCUGCAGGCACAAUAUCACAGUCUGAAGUUGGAAUGUGAUAAACUGGCGAGCGAGAAAUCUGAAAUGCAGCGUCAUUACAUAAUGUAUUACGAGAUGUCGUACGGACUCAACAUCGAGAUGCACAAACAGGCGGAGAUCGUGAAGAGAUUGAAUGGAAUCUGUGCUCAGGUGUUGCCUUACCUGUCUCAAGAGGUCAGACUGUCAUUGUGUAGGUCCUGGAAGAUUAUUGAGAGAGCUAAUAAAACAGGUAUCUUUCCUCCUGAGAUGAACUCAAUUAUUCGGCAGCAGCUUCAGGUUCACCAGCUCUCUCAGCUUCAGGGUUUGGCGCUACCCAUGACCCCUCUGCCCCUGGGCUUGACUCCGCCCACCCUGCCCGCCGUCACCUCCAGCUCCGGCCUCCUGUCUCUGUCCAGCAUCCUCGCGUCUCACGCUCACCUGGCCAAGGAGGACAAGAGCUCCCGCGACGGGGCCGAGGGCCACCGCGACGACGACGCCGACAAAUCCGACUAGCCUUCAUAGAGACGCUAUGAUUCUACACAGAAACAGAGGCACAAACUACUCCUCCUGUCUCACUGGGUCUGAUCUCUCUCUCUCUCUCUCUCUCUGUCUCUGUCUCUCUCUCUCUCUCUCUCUCUCUCUCUCUCUCUCUGUCUCUCUCUGUUUGAUUCAUUUCCUUUUGAUUAGUGGUGUUUGCUAAGGCUCUAUUAUUAUUAUUGCUCAUAGUUGGGGUUAGUGAUUCGAACAAACCCCUAUCCCUAAGUAUUCAUCUUCAGCAUGUGACAUACCUCAAGUCGUGUGUCUUGUUGAGGAGAAGUGUAUUAUUACUGUUAGUGACUUUUGAUUUUUAAUUUUUUUUUUUUUCCCUCUGGCAGACAAAAUAAAAUGAGUGGGAAAUCCUAUAGAUACUAACAGAGACGCCCAAACCGUAUCCAGAGACCUGAUUAAUUCACCCAGAAUGCAAAGAUCUAGUAACUGCAUGCUCGGCCUCAAUAUAUCCCGUCAUAUUCUAUUCCAGUUAAGAGUUUUAACACUCUCUAGUGAGCCUUUCACGGCACUGGAUUAAACGUGUUUUGCAUAAAAAGACGACACUCCCGUAUCGCUCUCAGAAAGGUGUAUAUGCCUUGUGAAGUGCGUGUCGGACGGUGACCGGCCUGGGGACAGUUCUGACCGCAACAAAGAGUUUUUCCUACUUCAGACCCACAUCCUCGAGUCAUUUCUGCUUGUUUUUCUGUUUGCAGUGAAUGUGUUUGAACGCGUGACCAGCAGGUGGCAGCCAGCGAGCGUGUGUUGAAUGAUGCGUGCCGCUGUACUACUACUACUACAGCAGUGCUUCUCAGUACCUUGAUUCAGUGCGUUUUUAGCAUUUUAGUUAAUACCAGGUUACUGUUAAUGAUGUUAUUAGGGCCUAAAAAGGCGGUUUAGUCAAUCGAGGGGACUAAAAAGCAUUUCAAUUUAAUUAUUAUUAAUACCAAAAUAAUAACCAAUUAAACCGAAAUGCAUAAAAAAACGAUUGAAAUUAGUUUUAUGAUAUUGUAGUAAUAAAUAAUCGAAAAAUACAGGAAUUAAACAUUUAUUUUUCCCUCUCGGUAGCUGUUUUUCACUGAAAUUUUAAAACGCAGUUUACAGUAGGGUCUCAUUUAUUAAUAAUAGUUAAUGCAUUAACUAGCAUGACGAACGACGUAUAGUUAUAGCGAAGAUUAAGAUUAACAAGUAUUGUUCCGGUUAACUAAUCUUAACAAAUGAAACCUUAUUGUAAAGCGUCACCAAUAUAUCAGUGCUCACGGUUUGUCUUUAUACAAGCUUUGUCCUAAUUUUAGCCGCUUUCCGGAAUAACCUUUUUUUUUAUUUUAAAUGUGCGUCCCUUGAUUAAUCAAUCAGUUAAUGAGACUGAAGAGGUCACCCCAGUGUAGCAUACAGUACAUACUGCCUAGUUAGUAGUAUGCUAGUAUUCCUGGCUGGUUUAUAGACUACCUAAAGUUGUACAUAUGCACGGGUGCAUUGUGGGUAUUUUCUAAGCGUGUGUUCCUGGACAUCUAUCUCUCGUGUCCCAUGUUUUUCUUCGUUUAGUUUUUUUUUCCCGUAUGCCGAGAAGCGCUCGCCGUCGAUUGCUCGUUUUAAUCUCGAAACGAUGUUUUCCGAUUUCCAUCGUUUAGAUAUUUUUCACUCGAGCUCGAAAACCGACGGCCAAUUUAGUCACGCGUAUAAAUAUACCAAUACACAUUUAAUUUUGUAUACAUUUUUUGUAUGUAUAAAGCUACGUUUAUGUUGUAUGUGGCCCGGAGGACACUUAGCGCAGGUUAAACCCCGAUCUACGAUCAGUUAAUGUUUCACGUCAAACACUUUGGCUCUGGUUUGUUUAAACGCGCGUAGCACUGGCCGGUGUCGACUAGUCAUGGUUUCUUAAAAGGUGACGAAAAUCCAGACACGAGCGAUACCCGAGGCCUCCUUCUUCUGAUGGCUCUCGUCCGAUAUUUGCCACAUUUUGGAGCUUUGUAGUAGUUUUUUAAGACGUGUGUGUGGGUGUGCGUGCGCGUGUUGAUGUGAUAUGACGUACUUGAUGGAAAUGUAUGUUGUUUGUGUUUAUAAACAGCUAUUAUAACUUCAUUUAAAGAUGAUUGUUGGAAGAAAAAGGUUAAAACAUUUACUAUGAAUGAGAGAUUGAGCAGUAAGGAAGUAUUUAUGGUGCCUUACAAAUAAAAGAUUCAUUGGACCUUUA